GGCCGGAGGGCGGACGGGGCGCCCGGCCCGGGGACCGCAGGUGGCUGGAGAGUCUACAGCUUUCGGAAGCCGUGGAGAUGCUGCCGCCUUCUGGUUUCUCUGGGCUGGUGCCCCCGUCCCACUUCCAAGUUCGGCCCCUUCCCACACAGCCAAGAGUGGCUCCAGCCUGGGUCUCAGACCCCCUCCUCCUCCCGCCCCCAGCCCACCAAGUCGGCACUGAGAGGCACCAGAGGCCUCUGGUGAGCGCGUGGGAACCGGAUGUUCCUGGCGAUUGGCACGGACCAGGUCGGAGAGGCAGGUCCCUGGAGCUGGUGGGGUCGCAGGCCCUGAGUCAGCAGGCAGAGCUCAUCUCUCGGCAGCUGCAGGAACUGCGGAGGCUGGAGGAGGAGGUGCGUGCCCUGCGGGAGACCUCGCUGCAGCAGAAGAUGAGGCUGGAGGCCCAGGCCAUGGAGCUGGAGGCCCUGGCGCAGGCUGAGAAGGCCGGCCACGCUGAGGCUGAGGGCCUGCGCGCUGCCCUGGCUGGGGCAGAGGUGGUCCGGAAAAACCUGGAAGAGGGCAGCCAGCGGCAGCUAGAGGAGGUGCAGAGGCUACACCGAGAGCAGCUGUCCUCACUGACGCAGACUCACCAGGAGGCACUGGACAGUUUGACUAGCAAGGCCCAGGGCUUGGAGAAAUCUCUGAGUGGCCUGGAAGCUAGGAGGGCAGGGGAAGCCGAGGAGCUGGCUGCAGCCCAAAAUGAGGCUGAGCUGCUGCGGCAGCAACUGAGCAAGGCCCAAGAAGACUUGGAAGGUCAGGUGGCCCUGGUUGAGAAUCUUCGGAAAUAUGUGGGGGAACAAGUCCCUCCGGAGGCCCGCAGCCAAGCGUGGGAACCCGAGCGGCAGGAGCUUCUGGCUGCUGUGCAGCACCUGCAGGAGGACAGGGCCAGCCUGCGCGCCACCACCGAGCUGCUGCAGGUGCGUGUGCAGAGCCUGGUGCACGUGCUCACCCUGCAGGAGGAGGAGCUGACCCGGAAGGCCCUGCCCCCAGGGUCCCUGGAGCCUGAGUGUGCUGCGAAGCACCAGUCCCUGCUAAGCCGCUGGCGGGAGAAGGUGUUUGCCCUGUUGGUGCAGCUCAAGUCCCAGGAGCUAGAGCAUAGCGACUCAGUGAAGGCGCUGCGAGGACAGGUGGCUGAGCUCCAGGAACAAGUGACAGUCCAGAGCCAGGAGCAGGCCAUCCUGCAGCGCUCUCUGCAGGACAGAGCCGCAGAGGUGGAGGUGGAGCGCGUGGGGGCCAAGGCCCUGCAGAUGGAGCUGGGCCGGACCCAGGAGGCCCAGUGGCGGCAGCAACAGCAGACAGCCUUGGCGGAGGAGCAGUUGAAGCUGGUGGUUGGCGCCGUCAGCAGCUGCCAGAUCGGCCUCCAGAGCACCGUGACGAAGCUGGAACAGGCUGUAGCCCGGCUUCCCAGCCUCAACAACCGACUCAGCUACGCUGCCAGGAAGGUGCAUACCAUCCAGGGCCUGAUGGCUCGAAAACUGGCCCUGGCUCAGCUGCGCCUGGAGAGCUGCCCUGCACCUGCACCCCCACCCCCACCCCCACCAGACACCAGCGACAGCCUUGAGCUUCAACAGCUGCGGGAAGAGCGGAACCGCCUGGGUGCGGAGCUGCAGCUGAGUGCCCGCCUCAUCCAGCAGGAGGUGGGCCGGGCACGGGAGCAAGGGGAGGAGGAGCGGCGGCAGCUGAGCAAGGUGGCCCAGCAGCUGGAGCAGGAGUUGCAGCACGCCCAGGAGGCCCUGGCCAGCGUGGGGCUGCAGCUGGAGGCUGCUCGCCAGGGCCAGCAGGAGAGCACGGAGGAGGCUGCCAGCCUCCGGCGGGAGCUGACCCAGCAGCAGGAGACCUAUGCAAGAGCUCUGCAGGAGAAGGUGGCUGAAGUGGAGGCCCGGCUGCGGGAGCAGCUUUCAGAUGCGGAGCGGAGGCUGAAUGAGGCUCGGAGGGAGCAGACCAAGGCGGUGGCCUCCCUGCACCAGAUGCAGCGCACAGCUGCCCGGGAGAAGGAGCGGAACCAGGAGCUCAGGCGCCUGCAGGAUGAGGCCCGGAAGGAGGAGGGGCAGCGGCUGAGCCGGCGCUUGCAGGAGCUAGAGAGGGAGAAGAACCUCAUGUUGGCCACCUUGCAGCAGGAGGGUCUCCUCUCCCAUUACAAGCAGCAGCGACUCUUGGCCGUUCUCCCCGCCCUGCUGGACGAGGGGAAGCCAGUGGAGGCGAGCGCCAGGCCCACCGGGCCCACCCAGAAGUCCGGAGGAGGGUCCCUGUCUGCGCUGCUGGACAACCUGCAGGGCCUCAGCGAGGCCAUUGCUGAAGAAGAUGCCGCUGGCCAAGGAGACAGCGGCCCUGUCCAAAGCUGAGCAGCCCAGGCCUGGGCGGGGCCUGCGGCUGGGUCCCCAGUGGAGGCACUGGAGACACCGUGGCCAGCUUCCGCCAGACCUGAAUUGUGCCCCAAUAAAGAGAGUGCUCACAGUGGGCGCCCCGCCAUGCCCUUUCCCUCAGCCCCUUGGUGAUGUUUGGAGAGUGCUCGGUUUUCUUCCCACCUUUUGCUUUAAAAAUUUCUGACCAGGUGCCGUGGUGCUGCCUGUCAUU